CAGUCCUGCCCGACACGAUACCGCUGCGCUUCUUACGGAUUAUAUAUUAUGCGAAUUCGAAUUGAACUUUAUAUAUAUAUAUAUAUAUAUAAUCUUGAACGUUAUAUCAGUCGGGAGCUAACAUAUUCGUUGAGAUUGGAAGAAGAUACGGGGUGAUAACGUUUUGUUAAAAAGAAGGUGUACGGAAAGUUUAAGAGAAUUGUGUUAUCAACGUCGUCGAGUAAAGGACAUACACUGUAUAUAGUAGUCCAUCCGUGGGUAUACACACACACAUAUAUAUAUAUACAGGGAGAAAGAAAGAGAGAGAAAGAAAGAUAGUAUAAAUAUAUCAGAGGAUUGAGAGAGCGCGCCUACGGAGAAACGGAGAGACGCACGCACUCCCCCACCUAAAACUCUCGCACUGGAUCCUCUAUCGCAGCAAGUAACAGAUAGUUUCGGUCGAGCUAGUUAACCAAGCAGUUGGCAAAUAAAAUAAGAUUGAAGAAAAAAUAGAGACAAUGGGAAAAUAAGGGGGGGAAAGGAUUAUUUCGAUGUUUGGUCCGUUCAUUGGUAGAAGAAAAGAAGUUUAAAGAAAAAAAAAAAAUAAAAAAAUAAGAAAGAAUAUUAAGUAAUGUCGUCCUCGUUGAUGAUGCUCGAGGAGCCCGGUAGCUCAGGAUUAAAAUCAGCAUUGAUAAAAUCAACGAAAGCGGCUACGAAAGAAGAGAAAGAAGCGACAGGAUUCGACGAAGUUUCUACGAUAUUGUCCUUGUGAAAAUACUUUCCUUUACUUCUGUUAAACCUUUCUUCCUUUUCCUUUUUUUCUUCUCUCUUUUUAUCUAUCUAUCUAUCUAUCUUUCUAUUUCUAUUUCUUUUCUUCCACCCCUUUACUUCUCGAUUUAUUAUCUCUUUCUUUCUUACUCCUGCAUCUCUUUCUAUACCCUCUAACAAGUACUUGAAAAAGACUCUCGAAAGCAACUACGACAUCGAGGAUUGAGAGACGCAACAGGGACGUAAAAAGUUUUGCUAUCUUUCUCUCUCUAUCUUUCUCUCUCUCACUUUCUGUUUCUCUAUUUCUUUCCCCUUCUCUUUCCUUCCAAGUCAUCUCUUUAUUUUCUUUCUUCUUUCUUCGACGUCGUUGAAAGUGGACAGCCGUCAGGAUGUUGCCCGCCAACGUGAUGUCUUUCAUGAAAAAGAUGGUGACGACGCAAUCGGAAUCUGGUACGACCGGUGCUGUUACACCGGAAGAGAGUGGAACAACAUUCAGCAAAUUGCGACAACUGGGUACCGGAUUAAUGAUGGUAACAGGAAACGUUACGAAAUUGGCUCCAGCUAAAGUUACACCGGUCGAGGAGAUACAACCGAAAGAGGAUACCAUCGAUUCGAUUAUAAAAAAGCCGGAAACAGGAAGUAAAACGAGCAGCGGUGAAGAAUGUAGAGUUUGCCGGAAGUCCUUUGGACCAGAAGAAGCUUCGAGGACUUGCUGCGAAUGUCUACAAAAAGUUUGCGAGGAUUGUGCCUCGUACUCGACGACAACGAAUUCAGACGAUCAGUCGUCUUGGAGAUGCAGCGUUUGUCGUCGAAAAUUAGCCUCGAGGGACCAGCCAAUCGUGACACAAGAGUCAACAGAUUCUCUUCUUGAAGUGCCGAUUCUCGAAGCAUUGCAAAGAAGACAUAGCGAUGCAAGACUCGGUUGUCAAAGUGGUAGUCAACUAGGUGGUUUUGGAAGUGUUUUGGCACCACCAAAGGGCAUAGAAAUUCGAAGACACUCUGACGUAUCACCUGCCAGCUUGAAGGAACUCGAAAAGUUUCGAAAGGUUGCAGGGGAGCGCCGAGACGAACUCAAAUGGGAAAGAGAUCUCGAUCGUAAGAGUAAAUCUAGAGGUGGAUCACCGGACCGUCAUCAAGCGGAUAGAGGAAGAGGAACGAGUCCUCAGAGGGUCGUCAAGAGUUCUCAACCUACAGUAGAAUCGGAAAUGGCGGGUUCGGGUGACAUAGACGAUGAGGAAGAACGUAGACGACGUGCCCGUCGUAGUGGUAGUUCAGUCCGUCGUAAAUCUUUUGUGACAAGACAGAGAUCUUACGACGACGAGAUCAAACCAGCUGGGACAAUGGCCGGAAGUACGAGUCAGUCUCCGCAUCCGGAUACCGGCCUUGGACUUCCGGCACACUUGCCAAGACGUGCUUCGGCCUACGACGUUUACACGCCACCCGGAAGUACCGGCUUGAACGCAAACGCCAUUGCUUCAGCUCAACAAAGGGUCUCCAUUUCGGCUCAAGGUGCUCGUGAACCAGAAGAUAGGCCAAUGACACGCAGGGCAUCAUUUCGCACGGUGAAACCAAUCUUACCAUAUGAGGUUGGUCCUGAAGAAGAGAAGAUCAUUAACAUGGAUCCGACUCCGGUUACUGUGGUCCAACAAACAGUAACACAAUCGCCCGUUUUGGUACCUGACGAGGAAAGACGUUCCAGGCGAAGGGGAUCACAAUUACCAGACUUAAACGCGAUAAGGGCACUAACAUCAGCUCCAGGAUCAGUCAAAGCCGCACAACCAGCUGCCGUCAGCAGAGUCACAGCAGAAGAACGUGACUUACCUAGACAAGGUAGUCUCGUUGAUGGGGAGGGCAUUAAGAUCGUUAUUCAUGACGUCGACAGUGAUCUAGUACCACGAUUGAACUCAAAUAGAAGAGUGAAGCUGAGGAGAGACCCGGUCAUGGACAAAGGACACAGAACACGCGGUUUUGGCAUGAGAGUUGUGGGCGGGAAAACAGGAGCUGACGGUCGUACUUUCGCAUAUAUCGUUUGGACCGUUCCCGGUGGUCCAGCUGACACAGCCGGACUCCAGCAGGGCGAUAAGGUAUUGGAAUGGUCAGGUGUUUCCUUGAUCGAUAAAAGUUUCGAAGAAGUGGCACAGAUCAUUGAACGUACCGAUGAUAUCGCCGAACUCGUCAUCGAACAUGCAACAGACAUUGUAGGUGAUUUAUUGGACGAUCCUGGAAUGAUAUCGUCAUCCGGAAAAUCAUCCAACAUGGGUCUUCUAAUGGAAACCGAAACGGACAAAACACCGUCCUCACCAACGCGCAGGAAAUUGCCAAAAACGCCGGAACAAAUCGCAAAAGAGAGACAAGUGACCGGCCGUGUCCAGAUACAAGUGUCCUAUGAAAACGAACGCAAAGAGCUGAUCGUCUCAGUAUUCACGGCUGAUGAAUUAUGUGCCAGAGAAGAUACUGGUUACGGAACAUUACCCGAAGCUUAUGCCAAGUUGAUCCUAGUCCCAGCUUGGUACGUUCAACAUACGCUACGCGGAGAUCAAGCCACGUUGAAAACUGUGGUAGCUGAGCCAACUCAAAAUCCAAUAUGGAAUUCAACCUUAUUGUUUCCUGGCGUUGACGGUGAAAGUUUGAUGGAUAGAGCAAUUGAAGUAUCUCUUUGGGAUUAUUCUCCCGAAGGUGAUAAUGUCUUUCUCGGUGAAUGUACGGUUGAUUUACAAAAGGCAUUGGAAAAUGAUCGUGCCGUUUGGUAUCGAUUGGAGGAUCCACGAGGUCUUCGUUUAGGCAAAUCGCCAUAUUGUUCACCACGCGGUUCAUUAUCGAUGGAAGUCGCACAAAGAUUCUUGAGAAAGAACGAACUACGUGAGAGAAGUUACAGUGACGAUACACAGAGCGACAGCGGAAGUCCCGAACUUUGUUUCUUACAUCCCGAUCAUGCUUGGCACGUAAAUUCAAGACGUGGUUCCAGCCAGUCGGAACAACUCGAAGUCGAACCUUAUGAACUUAAUAGGGAUUACAGUAGAUCUUUGCCUGGAAGUCGUCGAAGUAGUUUCCAAAGUCAAUGUGGAACUGAUAGCAAACGUGGAAGUAUGGGAGAGGUAGAUAUGCCAAUUGUCAUCCAUCCCAAUCGCGAUCGACGACGUAGCUCUUGCACGAGACCGAUGAGAGAUCCUGAAGAAAUAUUAGAAGGUCUUCGUACUUUGAAAGCUGCUAAGGGUGAAUUAAACAGAACUAUGAGUCUUACCGGAGAAAAAAGACGCGGAAGCCGUGAGUAUAAACGGCGGGGUGAGCGCAAAGAGAGUGUCAUGGAUAUUCCUGAAAGAUUCUUGGAUCGAAAUAGUGAAUCGGAUGAGGACGAUAAAUGGAGUCUGGCAACUAAAACUGAAAAUGAUCCCGACUUGAAGCUAGGACGAGGUCAAAUUCUACCGAAAGGCUUCAAAAUGACAAGCGGACUACAAUAUGGCGAAGUGAAAUUAGGUUUUUGUUUGAGCAAGGGUACUCUCGAGGUUGAAGUUAUUUGUGCGAGGGACAUCUACCCAAAAGAAAAAGAUGAACCCGAUACCUAUGUGAAGACAUAUUUACGAGACGGUGAAAGAUGGUUGCAGAAAAGAAAGACAAGAGUUGUUCGACACACACGUAAUCCUCAAUAUCGUCAGACCUUAAAGUAUAACAGCUGCGAUGCCCUCGGUAGAAAUAUUUUAAUAAUGUUAUGGGAGAAGAAACAAGGAUUCGAAAGUAAUCAAGGUUUGGGUGGCGCCGAAGUGAACUUUGAUCUGUUGCCAUUGACCCGUUUAACUGUUGAUUGGUAUACUCUCUUCCCGAUCCAUACAUUAGGUACACAAACAGCAGACUCACCAUGAUGGCUAAGGGAAAAAUGGGCUCUCGAAGCUGGCGAACUUGACCUCAGACUGAGUCUUUUACUCAAGGAUGAGAGUGAGUCCGUCGUUAAGAUCAUCUCUUGAUGGAAAUUCUUUCUAAUUGUAUCUUACAAAAGACAUUUUAUUUCUUAUAUUUAUUUCCGAAUUAAUAUUUGUUUUAUCUGAAGGAUCACUGUGAGUUGACGAUUAAAAUUAUUUUUUGUCUCUUUUGUUUUCUUUUUUUUUUCUUUUUCUUUUUUUCUUGAUAUAAAAUUUAACUAAGAAUGGAUAUAUAAUAUCCUUAAAUUUAAUAAUCAGCAUUGGGCACUAAUAUUGCUUGGUUGAUUAUGAUAGAUCAAAAUCUUUCGUUUACUAAGAAGCAACAAGUCAAACAAGCCAGGCUUGUUAUAGUUUUACGAUCUAAAAGAAAAGAAAAGAAAAGAAAAAGAAAGGAAAGAUAAGAAAAAAAAAUAUUAAUUCGAAAUAUUUUGAAGGAGUAAUUUAAUUUUAAAAUGGUCUAAUAACUUUUGGAUCAUAUAAAAGAACUUUUGGUGCCCACUAUGUAUAUAUAUACAUAUACAUACAUAUAUAUAUAUAUAUAUAUAUAUAAAUCGAACGUUAAAGGUCAAUGACCUUUUUGUUUUGAUCCAAAUUAUAAUGUGGGUUGUUCGUUCGAAUAUGGUAUAAACAAAUUUUAUUAAUUCAUGUCGAGAAAGACAAUCAUAUGACUUAGUGACGAACUGUUCGUUCUUUUUUUUGUUUUUAUAUUUUUAUUUUUAUUUUUAUUUUUUUUUAUUUUUAUUAUUAUCUUUUUUUUAUGAAAUUUGGAGAAAAGAUAUAGUAUAUAAUAUAUAUAUAUAUAUAUACACUAUGUCAAAGUCGAGUAGUAAAGGUCAAUGACCAUUUAUUUGUUUCCAACGUAAAUUAAUUUCGUGCAUUUAUAUCGACAAUGACAAUCAUAUCGAGACAAUUAUUCUAUGUAAUUUAUCGAAAGACAAUCAAAAUUAUACUAAAUUUUAUCUUUUUUUAUUGUUUUCUCAUUUUUUCUUUUUUUAAUCCUUAUUUAUUUAAAAUAUUUUUGCUCACCACUCACAGUAAUAACAAGCUAAACUUUAUGAAGUAUUAAAUUCAUCUAUAAUUUUCACUAUAAUGUUGCGUCCAAUUCAUGUUCCUCUACCAACAACAUUCAAAAAAAAUCGACAGAUUUAUUAAUUAAAUAAAUAAAUAAUAAUAAAGGGAAAUAUACACGCAUAUAUAUAUUGGCUAAAA